CCAGAAUAAUAGGAUUCUGCCAAUUUUGGAUUUAUAUCUUAAAUGUAGAUAGAUGAGAGGAAAAUAUAAAGUAGAACUAUCAAAAUUGAAAACUGAUCUUAAAGCAUGUAACAUUGAACUUAAAUAUUGAUCGCACAACAAGUCCAUUACAAAACUCAAAAGUCAAAACAUCACUAGUAAGGAGUACUUUGCGGCGGCGGUGUUAUUUGUGGUGAGGCGGGAGAAUGGCUUUGGCAAAGGGCCUGAGGCCGCUCCAGGUCUUCUUAAUGAUAUUAAUAGUGAGGGUAGCGUCAAUAUUUCUAGUGCAGACUUGGUUUGUACCUGAUGAAUAUUGGCAGACCUUGGAAGUGGCCCACAAACAUGUUUUUGGCUAUGGAUACUUGACUUGGGAAUGGAAGAAGGGAAUUCGAAGCUUCCUAUACCCGGGCAUUGUAUCUGCGCUCUAUGCUAUACUUAAAUUCACUGGCCUCGAUUACCCUGAAGCUGUGAUUUUACUUCCACGGGUCUUCCAAGCCUCAUUGAGUGCGGUGGCUGACUACAGAUUUUACAAAUGGACAGGAAGCAGGAAAUGGGCCCUUUUCCUUAUCCUCACUUCAUGGUUUUGGUUCUACACAGCUAACAGAACGUUGCUACAGACAGUGGAAACUGUCCUAGUAAUUAUUGGCUUAUCUGUGUUCCCGUUCAAAGCAGGAAAAAUGGGAUAUUACGAUAAAGAGAACAACAGUUGGGUGUGGUUGGCGGUAAUAUCUGUGUUUAUUCGCCCCACAUCUGCUCCAAUUUGGCUUGUUCUGGGAUUAUACAACCUCUUCACCACAAAUCAAGGAAAAUGGCUGAUCCUACAGAAAUAUUUGCCAAUAAGCAUCAUAGGCGGAGGCAGCCUCGUAGCUUUGGACUCUUACUACUAUGGAGAGCUGAUCAUCACUCCUUGGGAAUUCUUUAAAUACAAUAUACUACAUGAUGUUUCGUCUUAUUAUGGAACCCAUCCAUGGUACUGGUAUGUAACGGAGGGUAUGCCGGCAAUUCUCGGAGUGAGCCUGCCACUCGUGCUGUGGGGUAUCUACACAGUGCUCCGCAGACCCAAGCAGAAUACCAUCGGAGUUGUGCUGUUGGCUGCCGUGGCUCUGCAUCUGGCAGUACAUAGCUGUAUCCCGCACAAGGAAGUGCGUUUCGUGCUGCCGCUAAUACCGAUACUGCUGUACAUCGCGCAAGAUGUCGUGGUGCCUUGGAGUCGGAAGGCCAAGAACUGGCAACUGUACAGUCUCGCGACGCUACUGGUGGUGGGCAACGCGUUCCCCGCCGGCUACUUCGGGCUGGUGCACCAGCGCGGGCCGCUGCCGGCGAUGACGCUGCUGCGUGACGUCAUCCCGCACAACCGCACCACCGUGCUGUUCAUGAUGCCGUGCCACUCCAUGCCGCUAUACAGCCACCUGCACAUGAACAUAACGGCCCGCUUCCUGGACUGUUCACCUCCACCGACCGGCUUCACUUGCGAAUCUGACACUUUCUAUAUCAACCCAACGCAGUGGUGGAGACAGGAGUACUCGGACAAGCAGCUGCCGGACUUCAUUGUGCUGUUCGACGUGUUGAGGGGACGCGUAGAGUCGCUGCUGAGGGGAUAUCAACUGAUGUAUCAAGUGCCGCACUCGCAGUUUGGCGAUGGCGAAGUGGGCAAGAACAUAAUCAUAAUGGAACGCGAGCAGCGUCGCGCGGCGGGCGCGCAGGACGUAUAACAGAUGCUGCUGCUGGCGGCCUGCGACGCGGUCGUGCUGUACUGCUACACCAGCUUCGUGUGGGGGUUCCGCCCGCCGCCCCUGCCGCCCCGCCACUACCGCCGCUACAACCACUUCAACCAGCUGCCGCACUAGUGUGUGUCACACCUACCGUCACAGUCAACUUUGCUAUGUGUAGUGUCCAAUGUGAUCUAGUGACCCUUAAAAAGUUUUAAAAAUAGCCGCCGCUGCACUAAAUGUUAGAAAAAAUUAUGCCUACCUACCAAUCCAUCUCACCUACCAUCUACACCUGCCAUCGCAGUAAAUGUUGGGAGAAAUUAUGCUACUGUGAACUAGUGACCCUGUAAACGUUAUAAAUACUGCCGCCGCCGCACUAAUUAUUAUUGGAGAAAAUGAUGAUAUAUGUGAUGUCCGAUAGAAAGAACUGCCACAGUAAAUGUUGAAGAAACUACUGUGAUGUCUGAUCUGAUACCAAAAUGCGGCGGGUUGGGAAGAUUAGUGCAAUAUGCUCAGGUAAUAUUGCAAUUGGAGUUUCACCUUUAAAUCAUAGCAGUGGAACUGUAGCAGUAGCAGUGUCUACAGGAGGCAUUUCACAGUUGGAUUAUUGCAGUACAUAAUAGCGAUGGGAUUAUCACAGAAGAUCAUAUAGUGAAACUAACAUAUUUAUAGCGGGAAUUUUGUGUUAAAGGUGUGGCAGUGAGGCUAUUGCUAUGAGACUCUUGCAGUAGGAUUAAUGCAGUAGGGAUGUAGUAGAGUGUAGUUAACAAGUAUAACUAUUGUAGUAAGUCAUUAGUAAAACUACUAAGGGACUCGACAAAAGUUAUACAGAUGUUAUAAAUUUCGUAGUAAAGUUGUCAAAAUAGACCAUAUUAUAAUAAGUGCAACUAUUAUUAAUACUGUGCCAAACGACCAGCCAAAGGGCAUUAAAGUUUUCGCAUUAACAUCUUUAAAUAACAAACCAAGACUAAGAGAAAAUAUUUGUAUAACUAUCCUCUUAUUGACUGUAUAAUACACAUGAUUUUGACCUUUGGAUAAUUAUUACAUAAAAUAUUUGACAUUGUUGUUUCCUACAAUAACAUAAGUAAUCAAUUGACUUGUGAAAGAAAAAUGAUUAUUACAUCUACUGAAAUAUUAAAAAUUUAUGACCAAGAGUUUAAAAUAACUUUUGACGUGUCUAUGAUAACUAUAGACAAAAAAAUAUAUAUUUAAAUAUUGUGCCAACAUGCUAAUAUUUACAUUUAAAUUAACAAUUAAUAAUUACAUUUCUAAUACUAUAUGUGCAUUUAUGGAAUGCAGGUUUAAAUAAUAAGGUAGAAAGUUCUUACUAUGUGUCUGUAACCCUCCAUAAUAUAAUAGUACUUCUAGAUGAUGCGUCAUGCACUAAGCAUGCGCAAACUUUGGAUAAGUUGUUCUCAAUUUCAUAUAUACUGCUAUAUUUAUUCAAAUCGUUUUAUUUCGUAAUAUAGCCAAUUAUUAAAGUACGAGUAGAUUAACGGUAAUGAGGGUAAAUUCGAAAAAUGAUCAUAUCAUACGUGUAACAAACUACGCUAUUCCAAAAAGUCAUGUUUUUAACCGACCAAAAAAAAUGAGAUUCUUAAUUCAACUGUAACAACACUCAUGGUAUAAAAUCGCUCCAUUGCGAAAUGAUAGACAGACAAAUAAACAAGCGCACUAUU